AUGGCGGACUCCCGGGAACUUGAACCCCCGCCACAGACCCACGUCGAGGACCCGGGGGCCCAUCAGCUGGCUGAGGCUUCAGAUUCGGAAGACCAGUUUACAGACGCACAGUCUGCGCCCACGAGUCCUGGCGUCAGCUCGCCGCUCCCCAAGACCAGAGUGGAAAAGGUCGACAAUGAACCGUCAUUUGGAGAAGUGCCUGGUACCGAGGCAUACAAGAAGAGGGAGCAAGAUGCUGAGCCUGAUGAGAUUGCCAUGAUACCCGUGAAAGACACCGAGUCCCCACCUUCUACUCCUCUAGAAUCGGUCGAUGUUCCUGUCACACUCGUGGAAGAAUCUACAGGCGAUUAUCCUGGCCAAUACGACCCACAAGAGCAAGAGAAGCACAAGGCAGAUGCCACCCCCGAUAUAAUAUUGAGCCCAAAUGGCGAGCUAAGAAGUGGCAAUGAAGAUGCCAUCUCGGAUGCUCCUCUUUCACCCACGUCCUCUUCAGGUCGCUCUAGGAGGGACUCUCACACAUCUUCCCAACCAACAGUCUUAGCUACACAGGAUCAAGAAGCAGAUGAAGAGGUAGCAGCUGAAGAGGAAGAUGAGGUCGACGAUUUCGGUGACGAUUUCGAUGACUUUGAGGAGGGCGGUCACGACGAUGACUUUGAUGACUUUGAGGAUGGGUUUCAACAUGCCCAGCCUACAACCACAACACCGGCACCUCCACCGAUUCUCCAACAACAAUCAUUACCAUUUUCGAUACCCGACUUCGAUGGGCUCAGCCUAGAUGAAGUCAUCUCCGCAGUAGAACCGAAUUUACCGAAUCUCUUUCCCCCUGAAGAACUCGACUUCCAGCCCUUUCCACACUUAUCAAAAGAUUCAUCUAUUUUCCUUACACCACGUUCCGCCUCCCUAUGGUCCCAGCUCGUCGCUCCCCCGCCCCUCGCGCCACCCGAUUGGAUUCGUUCACGGACACGCCGUUUAUUCCUCGUCUCCCUCGGAGUUCCCGUAGAUUUAGAUGAGAUCCUCCCAGCCUCCAAGCAGAAGAAGCUUGUGCUGCCGUCACUCAACAUCCCUGCAUCUUCACCUAGAGGCUCAAGUGACUUGCGAUCAGCGACAAGACUCAAACAAAACGACGGAAAUGCUUCGUCCACAUCAAUAGACUCUCAAGGAAAGCCGUCGACAUCUAAGAGGAGGAAGGGGCCUCCACCUCAGCCGGAAUUAGACCUGGUGGUAGCGAAGCAUCUUUGCCAGACGACGGAUGAAGCGCUAGACGGCAUGACGGAUCAAGAAUUAAAACAGCAUGUGGCCAAGUUAGAGGCCAUGCAGGGAGCAGCCAAAGAGAUGCUGGAUUACUGGACAAAACGGACAGAUGAGAAAAUCGGGGAUCGCGAGGCAUUUGAAGGUGUGAUAGAGAACCUGGUAGCCCACGCCCGAAAAGUGCGCAAGUAG